UUUCCUUCUGAUGUAAACAAUGCCAAAGUGAUCAUGGCAGACAUACGUCUCGAAGUUCCUGCAGAAAACGCCGUAUUAGAGGUUCUCUACGAUGGCACAGAACUGUAUCAGCAACCGCCAUCUAUGUCAGAGAACCUCACCCAGUUGGCAAGAAAGAUUGACUUUGCCACAGAUGGUGAGGAUGGAGCAACUGAAGAUAAAAAAGAGGAAGAGGAGGAGGAAGAAAAGCAACCUUUUCAGCAGCCUCAUUGGAACCUAGAAGGUGUAAGAAACAAAGUUAGACAAGCAUUAACAGAGAUGUGUGUUCUACAUGAUCUGUUGGUGAUAGUAAAACAGAAACCACCUCAGUACAUGGUUCUUGAUCCAGUUCUCACUGAUGCUCCAGAACCUAAAUCUUACAUGCAGUUUCUAGCUCUGAAGAAGAGUCUUCAGUCUGCAGCAUCAAUACUGAUUAAUGGUGCUGAUCGACUUCGUGCAUCUCAAGCAGAGUUAGGAAGACCAAACCGAUCUGUUCUUGAUUUCCAUAUUGAAUUAUUAAAGUUACGCCAGAACUGGAGAUUGAGAAAGGUUGCUAAUAAUAUAAUUGGUGAUCUUUCGUAUCGUUCAGCUGGAUCCACUUUUAAACAUACUGGUAUUUUUGAAGUAACUAAAGCUGAUGAGGGGUCAAGCCCAAGCAGUGCACUGACACCUGGUGGAGCUUCACCAAUGUCACCUGUAGCCAGUCGAGGAACACCAACUUCAUCUUUAAGAGUAACAGUACCUGCAGAACUUGAAGGCUCUGCAUUUAUUUUUGUAUGCAUAAAGAAAGAUGAGGAAGAUAUUUGCUCUGCUCAGCUACACAGUAAUGAAUGUGUGUCAAUUGGGGAAACCCCUUGGCAGCAGAAAUUGGAGAAUGCUCAGAAUGUUUUGUUCUGUAAGGAACUGUUCAGUCAACUGGCCCGGGAAGCAGUGAAACUUACACCCUCCAUACCUCAUCUGGUAGUUGGCAAUCAAAUAACAGCAACCAUAUUUCCUGGCAUCCAUCUUCUUGUGGGACUGUGUCAUUCUGAUGGCAAAGGGAAUCGCAAUAAGGCUAGUAACCAGAUCCAGGCAGGAAGCAGUAAUGCAGUUGUGGGGGGAAGUGGUACAGGAAUUCUAGGUCCUGGGACAGUGAAUGGUUUGGGACCUUCAAAAUAUAAACAUGAGCAUGAUUUAGAGCAUUCUUUACAUCAGUUACUACACCGGGUCUACCAUCAGAGUUUCCAGCACCCUCUUCCACACCCUGUAUAUGCUCCAAUGGGGAUGUCAAAGCGGCGUCGAGCUGCUGGACCAGAAGGAAUGGAGAGAAAUCAGAUUAUUCAGAUGACAAAAGAGAAAACCUUACUGGAACAGAUAAUUAGGCAAGUACAACACAACUUUUUGAGACUCAGAACGAUGUACGUCAUUGAUCAGCUAGCAGCAGAGUUCAAAGAUCCACUUAUUGUGUCUCACUGGAAUGCUUUCAAUUCACCUACUCAGUCAUGUGUGAAAAUAAACAUUGUUACUCAAGGUUAUGACUCUGUUUUAAGAACUAAAUUAGUUAUUCACAUCUAUGAAAGAACUCUCAAGUGCAUAUGCAGAGAUGGAAAAAUAAUGACUAUGUCCUUUGAACCUCAAGAAUUGAGAAAUCUUAUAUUUUGUCAAAUUUCACAACAUAACAUGGCUGCGGUUCAAGGUUUAGCAAAAUAUAAUGGAUGGACAGUGUUGUCGUCUGAGCAGAACAUUGGAACUGGUGCAAUUGAACCUCUGGGCAAUGCUUCGACAGUCAUUCUCGCUUCACCCUCUGGCAACAAAGUCAUAGGAGUGCAUUCUGGGCCUCACCAGCGCAUCUCACUUUAUGUGUCAUCAUCACCAAGACCAGACUUCUAUCCAUCAACUGUAGUGAAUGAACAGAGAUGGGAACAUUUAGGAACUGCCUGGCAAGAAGUACGACAUGAUCGCAUGGAGGGACGCAAUUUUUUAAACAAGAUGGAACUUUUAAUGGCAGCUUUAACUGCAUGAAAUUAGUGAUUUAUAUAAACAACUUCACCUGAAAUUUAAAUGCAAAAUAUUGUGUGAUGGAGAGAUCUUGAAGGCAAGUGUUUUUUAACUGAAUUAUAAAAGGAAGGUUUAAUUCUUGUUAUAAUUCACAUCUUAUUUUAUUGGAAAAUAAUGGCACAGCAAGGGUCUGAAAUCGAGGUAUGAGCUGACAUAUCACUGUGGCAUGUUACAGUACUCUUAAAGGACAGUAGCAUUUAUACAGUCCUUGACUGUAAUAUCAAGUGUUUAUGCCAAAGAAAAAUCUGAGGUGUGUAGCAGAACCAUAGCUAGAAAGAAGGUUCCACUGUAAUAAUUUACAGAAAUGAAAUGAAAAGGAAUUACUACUCCCAAAUGAACAUCUGUAGUAUGCAGUAUUGUUUUAAGCUAACAACCAAUACGUAUUUAUUUUGAUGAUUAUUUUGAACUUGGUUAGAUUUGAUAUUCUUUUUAAUAAUUUACAUUAGACAAAAUUUAGUUAAUUAUAAAGUCAUCCACUCUGAUAAUUCAAACUUCAUUGAAUUUCCUUAAUGUUGAUUGUAAUAAUGAUACUACAUAGUUGGAAAUCCAGCUAUGCUUUUGGUAGCUUGAACAAAAGCAGUUAUCAUUAUAAUGUAAUGUCUUCAAUUUUUUUCCUAAUGUAGGGAUUAGUUUCAUAAAUUCGCAAACCAUAUUAUUUACCAGAUUACUGUACACAUAAAAAUUUGUCUUUAAAUUAUUAGAUUGUACAUAGUAGUACUUGCUUUAUUUACUUGAAAUUUUUACAGGUUUCACCAGGAAAUACUCUUGUCUAAUUUAAUUUCAGAGAUAUUUUGACUUUCAAAAACAAGGUAAUCUUUUCAUGUACAGUAAUAGGAGAGAAUAAUGCAAUUGCCAUGUACAUUGAAUAUUUUUUUUUAUUAAACUUCAAAUUUUUUUUUCUACUGUAGAUAUUACUCAUUAUGAAAUUAAAUGUGCAUAGGUAUACUUUGAAAUUAUAGUUAUACUACCUCAUUUCUUGGUGGUAAAAUGCUUAUAAAGAUAGUCUUGAUUAUGUUCAAAUUUAAAUAAAUAAUUUUAUUACCACUUUA